CCAGGCGGCUGGGCGAGCUGUGCGGCCAGGCGCUGCGCACGGAGCCGGAGAUGCGGCGCCACCAGCUGCGCGCGCACCAGGAGCGCGAGCCCCGUUGCCCGCUCUGCCCGUUCUCCGCGCCCGGCUACGACGAGCUCCGCGGUCACGUGGACAGCGCGCACCCCGAGCCGGGCCCUGCCCCCGCGGGCGGCCGGCCCCAGUGCCCCUUCUGCGGGGAGACCGGCGCCUCGGGCCGCCAGGUGGAGGCGCACUUGAGGUCCCGGCACGGCCACCUCCUGGACCCGCCGGCCCCGGGAAAUGGUCAACAGCUAUAUGAAUGUCCAAUGUGUGAUCUUGUCUGUGCAAACUGUCAGAUUCUCCAGGAACAUGUUGACUUGCACUUAGAAGAGCACCGCUUUUCAGAAGUAGAUAUAAAUGUAGGUGGAAAUUUAAGUGAUCUGGAACUGGCUCAGCAGCUCCAGAAUGAAGAAGACAGACAGCAAGGAUUAGAAGAAGCAAGACAAGAGAGAGAAGAAUUCCAAAAACUGCAGAGACAAUAUGGCUUGGAUAGUUCUGGAGGCUACAAGCAGCAGUCACUAAAGAACAUGGAAAGGGAAGUAGCUAGGGGAAGGAUGCCGCCUUCUGAAUAUCAUAAGAGAAAAGCUGACAUGAUGGAAUCUUUGGCUUUUGGUGUAGAUGAUGGGAAAACAAAGACCUCAGGAGUCAUUGAAGCACUGUGCAGGUACUAUCAAAAUGAAAUCAAAGAUGUAAGGCGUGUAUGGCUUUCUACAGGAGUGGAUCACUUCCACUCAUCUUUGGGAGACAGAGGUUGGGGUUGUGGCUACAGGAACUUUCAAAUGCUGCUUUCUUCGUUAUUGCGGAAUGGCAUGUAUAAUGACUGUUUGAGAGAUAUUACUUUAAUUCCUUGUAUUCCAAAAAUUCAGUCCAUGAUUGAAGAUGCUUGGAAAGAAGGUUUUGAUCCUCAAGGAGCAUCUCACUUCUGCAAUAGAUUACAUGGUACCAAGGCAUGGAUAGGAGCAUGUGAAAUUUAUUCUCUGUUAACCAGUCUCAGAUUAAAGUGUCAAAUCAUUGACUUUCACAAGUCAACUGGCCCCUUGGGUACCCACCCUCGUUUAUUUGAAUGGGUUUUGAGCUAUUAUUCUUCAAACAGAGAAGGUAGUACAAAGGUUGUGUGUACCCCCAAACCACCUAUCUACAUGCAGCACCAAGGGCAUAGCCGUACUAUUGUUGGAAUAGAAGAGAGGAAGAAUAGAACAUUAUGUUUACUAAUAUUUGACCCAGGAUGUCCAUCGCAUGAAAUGCAGAAACUGCUAAAACAAAGCAGUGAUGAUACCAGUCUCAAACUACUUCGGAAAUUUGUGGGUAGCUUAAAAGAUAAGCAGUACCAAAUAGUGGCUAUAGAUGGCGAGCUCUCACCAGAGGAGAAAGUUGUAAGUAUUCCAGAAAAGUUUCUGAGUGGUAGCCCUGUUAGUCUGUAUCAGCAGAAAGAACGAGGAGUACUUGUGGCACCUUAGAGACUAACCAAUUUAUUUGAGCAUAAGAUUUCAUGGGCUAAAGCCCACUUCAUCAGAUGCAUGCAGUGGAAAAUACAGUAGGAAAGAGAGAGACAGACAGAUAUAAGAUACAAGAUAUCUAUCUAUAUCGCGUGCGUGCGUGUAUAUAUGUAUACACACACACUACACAGAGAAUAUAUACAGAGAAUAUGAAAAAAUGGGGGUUGCCAUACCAACUCUUAACUCUGUACACAGAAACGUAAUAGAAUUACCCGUUUGUCUUUAUCAAUUGUGCAUAAGCACUCUGGCUAUCUGGGUGUGUUGUGAUCUUUUUUCGUUUCCACGUCCCACACUCCAGCAAAAACACCACAAAACGAAACUCUCCUCUGUUUAUUCUUCACUAAUAAAAGUAAGAUCUUUAAAACA